UAGUGAAGUCCAUCAUGGCGGCGCGUCAACAAUGUUCCUGGGUGACGACCAUCAGUCCUGUGUUUACAUCGUGACAUUUAUUUUCUUUGACUGUAACAACUGUCACAGCAGUCUGAAAUAUGGCGCUUUCUUCCGAGGAAGCAUUUUGGAAGGAGCAUCAAGAUUCUUUGAUCCGAAUCAGAAGUAGACUAAGUGAUAAUGACAAUCACAGAGCUGUACGCAGGGGCUCUUCACUAACACAGGGGAGAAAAGCACGUACAACUCCCAAGCAGAGUCAUCCACCUUACGGCAAGUAUCGGCAAACACCUUCACCAAUUUUGCCAAAGGUGAACAGUCCUCAACCAAACACACCACCUCUGAGGGGCAGCAAGUUUGAUGUUGUGCCUCCUGUCAAGUCAAGGCAGGCAGCUACUAGAUCAAAGCCAGACUAUGACAGCUGGGGUGAGGAUAGUGAUGAUGAAGAAGAGAAGGAAAAUGACCGUUACCGAUACAAACCCAGACCAUACCCCCAGCAGUCCCCUUUUAUGUUUGGGGCACCUUUACCUGUAUACUACCCUCCACCCCCGAGAGGUGAGGGUCGCCGCAAAAAACGACAAGAUCGGCGAACACCAGCUUCCAAGACUUACAAAGACAUUUAUCAGAAUCGAAAGUCACGUGCAUCACGGAAUUAUGGCAAAAGCAAGAAACAGAAACGUGACACUGAGCGCUAUCCUCUGCCACUGUAUGGAAGUUUUAUGGUUCCUGUUCCAGUUGCAUUUCAGCCUGUUGAUGGAAGCAAGUUCAAGUACAUAUAUGGGGAAGAGGAAUCAGAAUCAGAAGAUGAAAUGGAUGUUAGGUCGUAUAUCAGAAACAACCCUAGACUCAUGGAUGUCUUUGCCAAUGAUCUAAUCAAAGAAUUGCUGGAAGAAGAGAUAAUUCCUGACACUCUUGUUGAAGCCCUUGAUGAAUUUGAGCGAUUGCCCUAUGACUACCCUGCCUACCUGCCAACCCUGUAUGCCUGCGAGGAUGUCAUGACAGAUGGAAUAAAAGAGUUACUUCAUGACAUUGUCAAGGAGUCAGCUUCUGAGCUUGCAGAAGACUACUUGGAGGAGAAAAGGCUGCAGCAUGACCCAUUGGAUGAGUUCCUCACCUCACUGCUGUCAGACGCUGUUGACCUCAGUGUGAGGGAGUUGGUGCGUGAGGCAGUUGUAGAGAUGGCAGAGAGCCACAUGCUUGACACGCAGGCCACACAAAUUUAUCUGGGAGUUUUUCAGGAUCAUCUGAAAGAGAUUAUGCCCGAUGUGCUAAAUGAAGUGCAGUUUGAACUGAUAGCAGAAGAAUUCAUCCAAGAGGAAGUAAUUGCACCCGAAGUGGAGGAGGAAUCUACCUCCAUUGCGAAGGAAACACUAAAGCAUUAUGACAAUAAAGUUGCUCGCCGAGAGUUCAGUGAGGUGUUCCGGAAGGCAGGUCAGCAGCUAGCAGACUCCAUGCUUGUGGGGUAUCUCAUGUCGGUCAUUGCACGACAGGGCAAGCUUCACACCCAGAAUGACCACAAUAAUAAAUACCUCGAUAACUUGAUCAUGAAUAUUGCCAUGGAGCAGUACUUCAAUGUACAGAAAAUGCGUGACAAGACAACGCAGAACAGACCUCUGAGAAAGUUGCAUGAAAAGGCCUUCAUUGAUGUGUCGUUAGAUGCCUGCCUGAAACAGUUGACCGCCUCCCUUGAUGAGGACCUUGCUGAUGUAGAUGAGUAUGAACGAGGAAUCAACGAUGGAACAGUACAAGCCAUUACCCUCUCAACCAGGUAGCAGAGGAACUCCUUGUUUUGCCACAAUUCCAGUGGUUCUAAUCCCAUGACUUCAUGAAUGGACACUGUCACCAGCUUAUGCAUUUAAAGAGUGCCGAACCUGCAGAAUCAAAUCACUAGCUUUAUCACUGGCAUUUUUACAAAGUGCUACUUUCCAGACAUCCCAGGAAUGCCACACCAUGUCACUUUCUAAAGCAAGACUUAUUGUUUGCAGUGUGCUACAGAUAUGCAGUGUUAUGUGAUUAUAGCUUUGUUUUCUGCUUUGGAAACUUGUGCUAUAGGCUCAGUGGCUUGUUCAUCUAAUGGGAGGGAAAAAAAAUGGAAGUGCUUGCGGUGUCUGCCUUUUCAUGAGUAUGUGCAUAAAUUAAAAAGUCUUUAAUACCUUAUGUCAUUCUGGGGUGACACAAUGUGCACUAAGGGUCUGGUAUCAGAAUGUGCUGAAGAAACAUGCAAGCCAUUGGGGGACACUAUAAUCAACAUGCAGAAGUUUGACAGCAGAUUACAAAUAAACUUCCAGCAACAUUGUGACACAACCCUCUCAUUGGCUGAUGGACCAGAAUGAAAGAUAUUUGGAGUUAACAAUCAGCUGAUAUACAAGGUUUUGUGAAUUUAUUACCAGUGUGGCAAAUUGAAAAGUUGUUUUGUGACAUGGGAAUUAUUUUAUUUUGCAUCUAGAGAUGAGCUUCCUUACAAAAGUCCUCUGAUCAUAGACAGUGAAGUAAAAAUUGUGAGGAACAUCUUUCAAUGUGAGCUAUGCUCUUUUGUCAUGCAGGACAUGAGACAAAGAUGCAUGUGAAUUCAAGGAUUUAUGCAAAAUAUUGCUCUAGAGACAAAGGCUUGCUUUGCAAGCAGGAUAGCCUAUUUUUCAAGAGAUAUAUAUACAUGUAUGCACUAAUUAAACCAGUCCUACAUUUACUCUGCUGGUACAAUAGAGUGUUGUUGAAGGGUACCUAAUGAUCAUGAAGCCAGAGCUGCAGUACUCAGUGACGCUGUAGACGACUUUGACUGUGUGAAAAUGAAAACAUAUCAGCAUGGACAGCAUGACCACACAACCAUCAGAAAGUGCUGCUGAGAUGUGCUGUGUAUAAAUUCUGUCAAUAGCCACAGAACUGUGUUUAAAGAAGAAUACGUCCCAGAAAUGAGUCAGUCAAAUUUGUGAUAUUUACACAAGGUAACUGGCCUGAAUAUUGAGACAUAAACAUGUUUUAUGUUAUUCUGGAAGAUUUGCUUUUGGCAACAACAGUCUGGUUGAAUGGUGGUAUUGUGUGACUGGUAGAAUGUAAACUUGGUGCUUGUCAGAUUCUUGUUGAUUUGCAUGAUAUGUCUACAUCAUUGCUCUCCUGCUCAAGGUUUCGCCCAUCUUACUGAAAAAAGAAAACAAAAGUAUGCAAUGUAUGGCAAUUACACUUCACCCUAACCUGAACACACAAAAUCACAGCUGAAAACAGAUUAAAUUAUAGGCUCUGUAAUGCCCUCACUUAAGUUUGUAGCUUAACAUGGACACAUAGGUUUUUGCCAAUGUAAUCUGGAAAUGUCCAAUCUGUUUUAAGUUCUUUUUCAGUGAAAGAUACUGUCAUGAUUUGACCAUUGUCACCAUUUGUGAUCAUAUUGUCAUUAUUAAGAAAUUUUUCCAGAAAGGGAACUUUAAAGGCGGUAAAAGAUUACUGAAGAGGAGUGGAGUUUAUGUUUGAGUAUGACUUGACAUAGAUAAUCUUUGCAGUGAUCUUGAUAAUGUUUAAGAGUACACUUGUUAAAUGCCUGCAUUCAACAAACCUUUGCUUGAAUGUCUAAGUAAAUAAAGGAGAUAAAAUUUAUUCUGGAAGUGCAAUAAAUCAGUAAGAAAGAUGAUGCUUAAAAAAAGACAACCCAAAACAUGAAAUCAGACAUUAUAAUAUUAUGUUAAUAUUGACUCUUCAUUAACACUCUUAGAUUUCAAUUUUAUGUUAAGUUGGAUGCUUAGUUCUCCUUUCACAGGUAAUUAGGGGUGUUGGUCUCUUACACAGAUAAAUAUGUAUUGCAAAAUUAUGGACAGAAUAAAAUGUUUAUAAAUAAUAAAGAAUAAUGUUUAGAGAAGGGAAAGGAGAAGACAGUAUAUGUUGCUGUUACCUUUAUAACGGUGCAGCUGAUACACAGAUAAAAUUACUAUUACUGUGAUGUUGAUGGGAAAGAAAACUGCAGAUGCUUCCACCUGCCAAAUUCUGAGAAACCCAUUCAUUCCAAAAAAUAGAAAAUAUAUGUGUACAUCUUAGUUGUAUCGAUGUGUAUCUGUAGGUGAGAUCAUGGGACUAUACCCAUGAAUCUGUGUGUGUGUGAGAUAUAUAAAGUGUGUGUUCGAAAGAGAGUGACUAAAGGUGCAGGUAACUGUUGUGUAAAACAUGAUUUUAUGGAUGGACAUAUGUGUGUACUUGCUUCUAUGCAUUUGUGUAUGCAUGUAUAUUUACUUUUGCAUGUGGACAUGUGCAGGUGUGACCUUUGGCCUUUUAUCAUUUAUUGACAUCAUCAUUCGUUCAUAUCAAGGGGUUAGCCAUCAAUAUUAAAAAAAAAUAUUGUGUGUGAGAGAGAGAUAGAGGCAAUGCACAUGCACGCGUCAUACACAUUUGCCUACAUCUCUAGUGAAAUGAGAAAUCUGUUUGAUUCAUUUAUUGAAGAAUGAUUGUCAACACAAACGGUGAAAUAAAAAACCAGUAACAACACUACAUCUGCUGUAUAUCUUGAAAAUCACUAGAACAAGAAAAUGGAUGCACGUUAGGUAUCAUAAUAUACACUCACAUUAUCAUUUCUAAAUGGAAAUGCACAAUCUAAAUAAAACACUAAACCAUUCAUAACAAUCUUAUUUGCUCUCUCUCUCACAAACACACACAAUAGUCGGCCCACUAAAGGUCAAACAGUUCACAUUGAAAAGAGUGACAUCAACAUAUCAGUGUUGUCAGCAGUGACCCUAGUGUAAAUACCAUGUCUAUUGAAACUCUGCAAACAGUAAGGCAGGGUGAAUGGUGUUUUGAGCCAGCAACUAAGGCUAUAUCACUGCAGGGUGUCCAGGCCUGUAGACUAAUUCUACAUGAAGAGACAGAACAUUGUGCCCGAGACGAGAGUUGAACCCAGGACAGCCAACCCUCACUGUCUUGCAAGCAGUAAGAGAAGUUAAACAACACCAUGAGGAUAUUUCAAACUACAGCUACAUUUUAGGUUUUGUAGGAUGCUGUUGAACAGGAUAAAAUGUAUUAAAGUUAACGACAGCCUCCUCUGUAACUGUAUAUCCGCUUCAAGCAAUUGAAGGCUCAUAUCUCAUGUCUCCUUGCUGUGCCACAGUAGGGUUGGGCAACACAGGCAUUGCCUUACAGAUCGUGCCUCUUAAGUCUUCCUGCUGUCAGAAGCAAGUGUUAGGACUGGUGAGAAGGAAGGAAUAAAAGCAGCCAACAGCACGAGCACUAAUUGUGUCGAGACUUGCAUUACACCAGUUUCCCUGAUGACUUCUGACCUUAUUUUUGUUACAAGCCGUUGACACGUUCAAACGAGGGCUUGCAGCCCCUAGACAGGCAAGGUGGAGGAAAAUGUGUUGGGACAGCCAAGAACUGAGAGAGAGAAAGGCCGCCAAGUGGUUUUAGUGUCAUUCGAUACAUUUCACGCCCUUCUUUUUUCCUUCUGUUAAGUUGAGGCGGUGGGACUUUCCCUGUAUUAAAGUUCACUUCCUGUUCAUGUAGGGAACUGCCGGGGUGGCUGGUGGCCCUGAGGUUGUGUGAAAAGAAAAUAAAAAGUUGGCGUGGGUGUAGGAGAAGAAAACCCUGCUUAGUGUGUGCGGCUAACACUGCUUUGUUGAAGCAAAGAGAAUACAAAUAUAAUCUAUUUGAAAAAAAAAAAAAAA